GAUACCAUGCCAUCCACGAGGAGUGGCAUUCGACCUACCGCGACAAGCUCUACAGUCGAGGCUAUUAUGACAUCUUCAUGUUCGAUCUGAAUGGUGAUCUCAUCUAUUCGGUCUUUAAGGAGACAGACUACGCCACAAACUUUUUGCUCGAGGGUGAUGGACCUUGGAAAGAUUCCGGUCUGGGUGAGGCUUUCAGGGCAGCUUUAGCUGCUCCAGACAACAUCACCUACAUCGACUGGAAGCCGUAUGGGCCGAGUGCGAACGCCCCCGCGGCCUUCUUUGCCACGGGGCUCAGGGAUGAGGACGGUGUGUUGAUUGGAGUCUACUCGAUCCAACUGCCGCCUGAAUAUGAGCGCUCCAUCGAUGAGAUCGAACCUGCAUGUUCCUUUGAAGCUUUGACUGCAGCAUUCGAGGGCUCUAUCAACGUUGGAGCCCUUGGUGAGCCCACUGCGGAGUUUUCCGAGAAGCCACUUCCAUGCUUCAAAGGUUACAGCCCCGUGAGCUUCAUGUCGCUCAUACAUCGACAUCUUGAGAUGGGCUACCCUGCCGGAGAUCAGUCGACGCAGGUGCCCAGUCCCUAUUUCGAAAUAGCUGCGCAAGCAGUGGAUGGAGCUUGCGCAAUAGCAUUUGCCAUCCAACACUUGUUGCAGCAGGGCUACACCGUUCAACAGGUGCAACAGCCUGACCAAACAGUCUACGACAGAAUGAGCAGUUUCUUGCGAACUGAGCUGGAUUUCCAGGGCGUGGCUGGGCGAGUGAAGUUCAAUGGCAAUGACAAGGACGGCCUCCUUGCCGUUCGUCAGGUGCAGGAUGGUUCAUACCAGCAAGUGGGCCUGGUCGAGCAAGUCGACUCUGCCAGUGUCAUCACGUGGAGCAACAACGGCACUACUGCCGUCUACUGGCAGGUGGAGCCUGCGGAGACGGUGGAGCUCGCGUGGGUUCUGCCCCUUGCAGUCACCAUGGCCGUUUGCGCGCCCUGCAUAGUCGGUUGUUGGGCUGGCUACCGGUUAC